UAAAUGUUCUGUGUAGCCAUGUGUGUGUUUGGAUGUCUUUUGUGUUUAAAUAAAUGUAGUUGGUUCAAACAUAUGGUUUCAGGAUUUUAGUAGUGUUGUUGAUAAUAAGGAUGAAUCAAGUGUUGUCAAAGCGCGUAUAAGCCUUAAAGUGAGACUCGAAACACUGGGGUCUGGGGUAAUCUUUGUUUUUGAUUUGGAAGUCUAUAAACCAGGGUCAGUGUGAAAACUUGAAAAUUGUGUUUUUUUCUGUUAAUGGUCCCUGCCUCCUGAAAAGCAAAUUUGGCUUUACUUGCACAUGUCAUGUAUCUUCAUGUUCCUGCCAUGCCUCAAUGAUUUUCAAUUAUGAAUUGAUAUAUGAAAGAAAUGGCAUGGAGUGAAUUUGGCUCUACUGGCAUGUACCCUUUAUCUUUAUGUUCCUUUGUUGCCUUUACAGUUUUCAAUAGUGAAUUCAUGUAUAAAAGCAGUAGCAUGGAGUGUAUUCGGCUUUACUUGGACAUACCAUUUAUCUUAUUGUUCCUGCUAAGCCUCUACAGUUUUUAGUUAUGCAUUCACAUAUGAAAGCUGUGAUAUUCUUGUUUGUGAAUCGAUGGUUUGAGAAACAUAAAACAGCCUAUGUAGUCGUAUUGUAUGACCAUGCUUGAUUGCUAAUUAAAAAUGUAACUGUCUUAAGGUGAUUGUGUUGGCGUUGCUUUUCUUUUCCUUUCUAAUCUAGCCUUUUUCUUUUUUCUGCAAAUGUAGUCCUUUGCACUCCCCAAACAGAAAAAAGAAUUUUCUAUUUGUUUCCUUGUUACACCUGGUCUUUAUUUGUGUUUUUCUAUUCCUCCAAGUUUCUCAUUUCUAAGAGCUUUAUGAGUCAAGGCCAGGACCUAUUACGUGGAGGUCUGCCUGAAAGAUAAAUCAAAUACCGUACCAGCUUGCAUAAUGUUACGGGACUGAAAGGGAAGGAUGAAAUAUAUAUUUAAUUUUUGCUUCAAUUGGCGUCAUUAAAGAAAAACGAUACGGUGUACUUAUCAAAAAAGUGUAAUUGUUCCAAUGUAGAAUCUACAAUAGAAGAUUGGGGUGCAGUAGCUGUUCCUUUUUCAUCUGUUCUGCCAAUGAAAGUUCGUUGCUGGAAAUAGCUUGCUCUAAUCACAAUCGUUCUUCAUGUGCUAUAGUAUAUGCUGGACGUGUAGUGCUAUGAUGUACUGUAGGGAUUGGCCAGGUGUAAGAGUUCACCUUAUCAAAUUUACCGAGGUCCAAGGUACCGGUACAUUCCAGACACAGAGUCCAGUUUCAGUUCUUGAAGGCAGCAAUUCCUGCUCUGGUGGAAAGAGUGUACCCAUCAAACAUGACCCUGUCAUUCCUGUACGUCCUCGCUCCAAGCGUGCGCGACCUUCAGCUGUUAAUCCAUGGGUUUUGAUGGCUCCGAUAUCUUCUACUAGAGUUGCAUCCAAGAAGAUUUCUGAUGCCAGAAAGACGAAAGAGAGGAGGAGGAGAUUGUCGCUGCUAUCUGGUGCCAAGGAGCCAAUGAAAAACUACGUUCAACAGAUCAGUGAUGCAGCGCCACCGGUAUCAGAUGUUUCCAAGAAGAAGAUAACCUCCACACAACAGUCCAGUUUUUUCAAAAAAUGCACACAUUGUGAAGUCACAAAGACACCUCAGUGGAGAGAAGGACCACUAGGGCCUAAGACACUAUGCAACGCUUGUGGAGUUCGCUAUCGUUCAGGGCGUCUCUUUCCAGAGUAUCGACCAGCUGCUAGUCCUACAUUUGUUCCAUCUGUGCACUCGAACUCUCACAGGAAAGUCGUAGAGAUGAGGAAAAAGACUCUGUAUGGAGGAGCAGGUGAAGUUGAGGAACCUCCCAAGGUGAUCAUGGGAAGAAGUAGUGAAGCUUUGCCAGAACCAACCAUUGCUGCUGACCCUGCGAUGUCGCCCGCGCCAGAGUUUGUUCCUAUGAGUAGUUAUUUGUUUGAUGUAUACUGAAGAGAUGAUUAUACUUUUAGUUAGGAGGUUAAUCUAGUUUAUUGCUAAAUUUUCGACGGGGGGCACAGAUGAUGGUUAUGGUGGUGUAUGGUUGCUACUCCUGCUUUAAGAGGUUGUACAAAUUGUUGAAUCUUUAGGGUGUCUCUAGACUAGAUAUUUGAUUGGAGGUUUAGAAGGAAAAAAGCUUUGAGUCAAAUGUUUGAUGAAAAAGCAAAGUUUCUCUGAUGUAAAAACUGAACUAGAUAUAGUAAGAUGGUUAGGUUUCAUUUUAGCCCUUUGAUUAUUUCUCCUUCAAUAUAUUUUUAUGAGUCUUGAUGUCAA